UCAGCGCCGUUCGCGUGUCCUUGAAGCGGCGGUGCCGCCCGUGGGCUCGCCGGCCCGCAGCCUGCAGCCUCCCCAGCACAUGCAGCAGGGACUCGAGGCGCUUCUGCUUUGGCCACCCGCUGAUCCAUCCCGGGGUCCCCCUUUCCUAAGCAUCGCUCUGUUCUGGGAGCACCUGUGAGAGAACAACUCUGCCCGAUGCCCUCAGAACAUGUCUGAUUGGACAAGUCUGUGGUAUGUCUGGUUGAUCUUGCUGCUGGUGUUCCUGCUGCUGCUCUGUGGGGUCUCAGCGAGCUGCAUCAAAUUCUGCUGCCGCAAGAAGAGGCUCCCGGUGGAGAGCUUCCCUCGGCACCCCUGUGACUUGGCAGUGAUUGGCAUUGACAGCGACAGCACUGCCCACAGCACAGUGACCUCAUACAGCUCAUGGCAGUACCCUCCAAGUGUCCAGAUUCCCUUGGUGUUUGUGGAUAUGGAUAAGAACACUGUGUCCCCUCCAGCUUACAGCCUCUAUGCCAUGGACCUGCCUCCUUCCUAUGAUGAAGCUGUUCAAAUGGGAAAGCAAGUGGCACGGACAAACCAGAAACUUAAUGACAUCCCUGAACAGGUGACACCAGGAGGGCUGAAUCCCAGCCAGUCCCUACCUGACACAAUCAACAGAGAUCCAGCAACACAGGCAAAUUCAGAAGAUUCAGAAGAUGCCACAAAAGAACAGCCACAGGUCUGACUCAGCUCAGAUGGGGAGUAAAGGGAAGGACUGUAAGAGUUAAAGAAGACAUGAAGAGUUUGGGUUUAUUAGUAGGUUAUGAUGGAAAGAUGUUUCUUCUCAUGCCCUUGUAAUGAUCUGUCAGAAGAAAUGUUUUCUGAGACUGCUGUAAUCCCCUGGUAAAGCUUCUUCAAGGAUAUGAAAUGAGGUAAAAGGGCAGCAGUUUAAAAAUGCCUGUAAAAGUGGGACGUGAAUGCAUGUUGAUCUGAUAAAAAAAUUGUUCCUUAUGUCCAGCAAUAAAAAAGGUCAGGAGAAUUUUGCCACCUUGGGAAUACACACUCAGAACAGUACAAACAGGAAGUUGUUGUUCUAGGACAGAAGUUUCCCAAGCUGGAGUUGAAGGGGGAAUCCCAGCAAGUGACACUGAACAGCCUCUGUAGUUUCUCUUUUGGGAACAUCAACUGCCCAGAAAACUGCUGAGGACAAAGUGCUGCACUGGGGCUCAUGUUCCUCAAGGAGCAGGAAGAUUUCAAUUCAUUCAAUGAGCAUCAUUCUGGCAAGCUUUGGUCCAUAUCCCUGCACUUCUUGUCAUCCCAUUCACUUUUAGUUUUUUCAGUAGGAUUUGGAUUUUUCCCAUUAUUUUUUUAGCCAUUUCAUUUUUUAGGGAACUGCUCAACAGGAUCUAGUGGUUCCUAUCUUCCGUGAUUUCAGGAUAUUUUUAGGAGCAAUUAUAGCAAGUUUUGGUCCAUUUCCCUGCACUUCUUGUCACCUGAGGCCUUUCCAGCAUGGCCACCCCAUUUCCGAAUUUCUGGGAUUUUUUCCAUCGCAUUUCAUCUCAUCAUGUCUCCUUUCCAGCGCGUUUGUCAGACUUUGUCCUGCGAUUUCAGGAUUUCAUUCCCUUUCCUGGAAGCCAGGACAGGAGAGCGUGGAGGGAAAUGCUCUGUGUUGUUUCACAACUGCACACAGGUAACGAGACAGAUGAGACACGACACUUCUGUGGUGGUGGGGGUCAUGAGACCCCAAGGGAUUGUUUUUGAGGUUCUGUAACUCUUCUAAUUUCUAUUUUUGAGAUGCCUUGUCUUGUGGGUGGGUUCUCUUUGCUAUUUCUUUUUUUCCAGAUAAUGUUCACAUUAAUUCCAAAGAGACACUCACACACAUGGUUUGCUGUUACUGAUGUGUUUCAAAUAUUCAUCAAAUAUUUCAAAGAUGCUUUUAUAUUUUGUUAUCUGCUCAGGCAGCACAGGAAGGAAAAAUCACAAGUUCCUGGCAGCUUUUACCCGUUCAGAACAUGCUCAAGGAAUGAGCAGGGUGACACAAAACAUGCUUGUGCUGAGCCAUCCAGAAUAAGUUAGAGAUACAAAUACCACAGUACAGGGUGGGCAAAAGUUCAAAGAAAUUACUCUUAGGGAUGGUUCUUCAUGAAGUACUGAUAGAGGGAUAAGUGCUGAACAUCAUUUUAGAACUGGGAGCUUGGAGCUGAUUACAGCAGUCACAGCCCACACAAAAAUUCGGGCUCCAGAGGCUGGGUUUUUAAUGCCAGCUCUUUCCCUUGACCCUCCAUAUUCCAAAUGGUUCAAAUUUUGUCCACUCCUGAGCAGUGACUUUCUUUGAAUCCACUUUAGCAAGGUGCUAAUCUGUCUGCUUUAAGAACAUGAGCAAUUGCCAGGGUGGCUCAUUGCUCUGGAUAAGAGCAGCAACCA